AUGAUUCUUUAUGGAAUAUUUCUGUUAUCCAUACUACUGUUCUUCAACGGUUUCUUUCCCAUUUCAAAGACUCCCCAAAGCUUCAAAAACGAUCCGCCAAAAGAUAUGCUACCAGUGAAUGACACAUACGCCCCCGUGGUAUCCAAAUUAGUCCUUGUUGUGAUAGAUGCUCUACGUUUAGACUUCGUUAACUCCCAAUUAAUGCCCUUGACAUCAAGACUAAGCAGAGGAAAUGGUUGUUCCAAUAAUGUAUCUGUGCAAACUCCAACAGUUACAAUGCCCAGGAUCAAAGCACUAAUUGCAGGAAAUGUACCACAGUUUAUCGACAUUGUUUUGAAUCUUGCUAGUACAGAACAGUUAAAGGAUAGUUUAAUUCAUUCCGCUUAUAACAGCAACAAGAAAAUAGUAUUUUAUGGAGAUGAUACAUGGCUGAAGUUGUUUCCAUCCUAUUUUUGGAGAUACGAAGGAACAAACUCUUUUUAUGUAAGAGAUUUUGAGGAAGUAGACCAUAAUGUAACCAGAAAUGUCCUCAAGGAAAUAGAAGUAAAAGACUGGGAUAUCAUGAUCCUACAUUAUUUAGGUAUAUCUUUUAUGGAAUUUGAGUAG